UUUGCUCUGUUUUACUAAAAUUAAGUCGUUCGGUUUAUAUGUCUAUAUAUGCUUAGUAUAAUCACAUCUGAAACAAUGUUUACAUAAGUGUGAUUCAUUCAGAGAUACACCCAGCUGUGAAUUUUCCAAAUACCUGUGUUGAGUGGUAGAAAAUAUUCUCCGAAUACCUGGGAUCGUGGAUUUUCGUUUCCAGUUUCAGAACUCUUUCGGGUUUUCACGUUGACAGUGCGAAUGAGAAAUAUGAGUCUAGAUUUUAAUUCCUAUUUGUAUAAAAUGUUAUAUCCAUUAAAAUGCGGUCGAUGAGUGAGAGUAUGGUCGCAUAUUAUGACGCAAGUGACCUCAGUUCAGUUUUUGUAAUGUAAAAGUUUGUCUGUCAAGUAUUGUGCGUAGGCUAGAUAAAGAUAUGACAAGGAGACCAGUGAUAAAUUGUGUCAGUUGUUGAAUGUGGAGCGCUAUUUCUAAGUUAUUUUCAAAGGCAAAUUCUGAGUCUAAAAAUUGCCAUCCAACUGCUGAUGCUUGCAUUAUGGAUCGGAAUGAAGAUCGACGUAAGAUCGCGGUUCAGGAUUUGGAGCCACAGGAUACGUACGACACUAGACAGGCAAAACAGAGAGCAUCAGUGAAGUGGCUUCUGUCAAAGGCAUACAACAACAGGGUUCCAGAGAACUUACGGGAACCAUUUUAUCGAGAUCAGGAGGAUCAAGAACAUUUGAAACCACAAAUAGUCCAUUCACUUGCCAAUGCAGAGCUAUACUGCCUGGGUCUUGCAAACAUCUAUUCAGACCCUAACUAUCACAACCUUAACCACUGGGGCAUCAUCCAAGCCCUGGCAAGGAAAGGCGUGUUGAUUACAGAACCUCCGGAUGACCAGUUGACAGAAACUGUACUUAUUCAAACCAAUCCAAUUAAACUGAGUGCUCACAUGGCUGUGAUUGAAGCCAUCAUGGUGCUGUAUGCAAAGGAGGUUGUGACACCUGAUCGAGUUGUAGCAGCAAUCCAAAGAUUUAGUUUCUCUCGAGCUGCCAGUCCCGAUCCGCUGCCAGCUGACCACGAAGGGGGUCUGGUACUCUGGGUUAACAAAGCUUGUUCUGCUCUGAAGCAGAGGAUAGAGCAGGAAAUGGAGCAGGGUGAUUGUAGGGGAAGGGAGGGUGACAGACUGCAUGUACCAGACCUUCCUCCAGUGCAAGAACUGAAAGACCUCUGUGAUGGAAUUAGUCUAGCUGCUUUAGUGUCAUUCUAUUGUCCUGAGGAAUUGCCAUGGACGGAUGUUGUAGUCAGCUACUUACCCACUGUGUCUGACUGUGUUCAGAAUCUCAUGCUGGUUUAUAAUUUUUGCACCCGUAGUCUACCGUGUUCUGUGUUCCACAUGAUGCCAGAAGAUGUAACUUAUAUGCGUGGGUCAAUGAAGCAGAAUCUAGUGGUUUUUCUGGCAGAUCUCUUUAACGUACUAGAGAUUCAUCCAGUAAAAUGUGUCCGAUUUCCAGGCACAGACAAAAAUUUAAAAGAAGUCUACCCAAGGAAUAGCCAAGGGGUAGCUCACAAGCGUAGCUUCCCGCAGUCAAUAUCUGCAAUCCCUGAUCUUCGCAGUAAUCUUGGAGCUCAUUCGAGCGGCUUCACAGUUUCUAAGUCAUCUCCAACAAUACAGACGUCUCUGCCUAUCAAAAAGUCACAUUCCUUGCAACAUGCUGAUACGUAUGGGAAAAGCACCACUGAGUCUCAUGACAGGAGCCACACACAGGAAGAAAGACAUAGCAGUAGUGAAGAUCAGUUUGUGGUGCAUCGAGGGCGUGGAGUUCCUACCUUAAGCUCAGUUGUUCAAGCUGAGGAGCCCUUGCUUCCUGCCAGGUUACGACCAGCAAAAGAGAAGCAAAAUCAGGACAGUAAAGCGGAGGAACGGGGAGAACCAGUAGCUGCUGGUAGACCCAGCAACUGGGAGGAUUCCAGACGAAGUUCUUAUGCUGGCAGGAGGUCAAGAAGGAACUCUGUAUCAGAUGAUUCACAGCUGACCUUGGAGAACUUUGGAGGCUCUCAAGAGAACCUGCAUUUGUUGGGGCGUAACCCGGACAAGGAGCCGGCUGUGCACACAGGCAAGAAAAAUGUUUGUGAAAGCACCAGUACUGCAUUGCGUACUAGUGCCCAGGAGGCCAGAAGCAUCGGCGUUGAACUCCUCUUCCAUGACAACAAUGGUUAUUCUUCCAGUGAGAAACGUGAUGAGGAAAAAUCAGAGCGGUCUAAUAUGGUAUCUUUAAAACAGGUAACUCAACAUUCCAAGGAAGUUUCAGAACUGUGUGAUAUGGUGGAUGGUGAUGUUGGGGGAAUUAAACUUGCAACAAGUUUUGCUGAGUUAUCAAGACAUAAAGCAGGUGUAGAAACACCCAAAGGCAUCCACAUAGUAUACAUGCAACAUGAUCGAGAACAGGAUGUGGGUAGUGUUCCUCCAAAGUCGAGUUUUCUCAACAAAAGAAUUAGUGGGAAUAAUAGCAAUGGUUCUGGUGAGAAGAAAACAACAUUUGCUGCUCUCCCAAGCAACACAACCACGUGGCAACAGCAGAGUUCCAGCACCAGUCAGCUGCAACAGACGGAGAUGACAUCUGCAUUAGAUGAUACCAAUGCAAAUAAUCACAUUAUGGCAUCUCAGUUACACAAUAUUCGAAUGAAGCUGGAGGAAAAACGUCGGCUCAUCGAGAGUGAGAAGAGGCGCAUGGAAGUGGUGAUGAGUAAGCAGCGCCAAAAAGUGGGGAAGGCUGCUUUCCUGCAAGCCGUUACAAAGGGAAAGAACACAUACAUUAAAACACCAGAGUCAGAUUCUGGCAAGGAUUCAAAUGGAGAUGUGGUAGAAAAUAUGAAACCUCAGAGACCAUUCUCACUGCAGGAAAUCAGCGAGGAUGUGACAUCAGUUGAACACAAAUGGUUGGAUGGUGCUGUCCCAUUCACUGAGGAGAGAAAGACACCUGAUAUAGAGAAUAUGGACCUUGAACAGUACCAGCAGUCCAUAGCCCAGAUGAACUCAAGUCUGCAUGAAAUCCAGAAUGAUAUUCAGCGGCUGGCUACGCAGCAGAAUCAGAUCCAAGACUUAUCUACACACCACCAUCUGCAGGGUUUAGUAAACCAACAACAACACCAAAUUCAGGACUUGUCUGGCCAGCAACUGCAGAGCCUUGCAGCACAGCAGCAAAUGCAGAGUUUAGCAUUUCAACAAAAUAUGCAAGGAUUCGAUGGGCAAACCCAGUUCUAUCUUCAUGAUCAGCAGCAGCAGGCACAAAGGCGAACGUGGGCUCAGCAGGCACCUUCUCCUACACGGUAUCCAACGCACCAAGCCCAGCAGGAUGUCAGGAUGCUUUGGGGUGAUCCACAGUCUGCAAGGCAACAAAUGCUGAUGCAGAAUUCACAGCCUGCUUCCUAUAAUUGCCAGCCACAAGGUGGCUUUGUACUCCAUGAAGGCAAGCCUGGAAGUUUCUCAGCACCAGGGCACCCAGCAGGUAGAGAUGCUCGGUACCACAAUGGUGAACACCCUGGCCUGCACCACAGUUUGGGUGUGAACAAUUUGCUGUAUUCCUCAUCAGGCAAUGGAGGCAUGCCACAACAUACAUCAUUCCAACUUCACUCUGAUGCAGGAGCUGGUGUGUAUGGUUCUCGUAGCGCUGGUCCUACCCCUCCUUCUGCUUCCCCACAGCAUCGAAGUUCCACUGUACAUAGGAUUAGUCAGCUAAUGGGAGAGUCACCAGAAGUGAAACGAGGUGUGCCACGUAACAGCUUGGAGCAGCAGCAGUCACAGAGUGAAAUGACCCCAGAGAAGAGCAGAAGUCCUGGUGUCAUACAUGCCCCUAUUCCAACACCACCAAUGGAUGAUAUGGAGCCUCAGAGUAUAUCUUUUAUAGGUGCACCUGUGGUAGAUGAUCAUACCCAUAAUUUAGCUCAGGGCAUUAAAGGUUUGCAAAUCACAUCUGGUAGUCGAACAUACAGAAUACCAUCACCCACCCGGCCCUCUUUGUCCAGAAAUUCAUUCCAGCAACAGGAAUCAGAUGAUGCGGCCAGCAUGCCUUCUGCCAAUGAAGUGGAUCCAAGUGUUGAUGGAGGCACGGAGAAAGGCUUCUAUAUAUCCUUUGAUAGUGAUGUGGCUCCCAAAAGACCGAAGCCUCCUCUCAGGGUGAGGAAGUCAUCUCCCAAAAAGGAGAGACCAGUAUCACAAUUUGAAAACCAGCCCACUGAAUAUGAAGAGUCAAGGCUUGCUGGACAGUAUCGUGUGGAACCCUCUGCACCAAGAGAAGCAGAGACAGUAGAACAGCGUAAUAAUGAAGUGGAGACGUCUGCAGCUCCAGGCGUGGGACUUGUCAUUGGAAGUGAACUUCUGAAUCCUGAUCCUAAUGCGUUGGAUGAAAUGGAGCGAAAGAAAGAGCGAAUUAUGUUGCUGUCACUGCAGCGUCGUCAGCAGCAAGAAGAGAUGAAACAGCACAAAGAACAGGAAGCACAGCACCGCAGAGAAUUGGAAAAAUUGAAGCAGGAUGAAAGGGAACGGAAGAAGGAGGAGGAAAGGUUGCGUAGAGCUGCCAUUUUAGAGCAGUACAAGCUUAAGAAAGCCAUUGAAGAGGCAGAGAGAGAAGGUAAGCUUCUGCCUGAAAAAGCUGAUCUUGCGACCAAUAAGCCAGUGCCCAAAAUGCGAAACAAGACAUCUGCAGGCUCUCGUCCUCGGCCAAAGACGAUCCAUGUUGACAGUGGUGGUGUAGGCAGUGGGGUGGACAUGCAAGAAGGAAUUCUGAGCCCUAGUCGUAGCAAGAAGGGUUCUACUUCUAACCUGACAGACACAGUUUUCAGUCCACACAUGAGACGAGAUUUUUACCGUGGCUCACAGGAUAGUUUGGCUGACAGAAUAGAAGAACGCAGAGGCGUUGGAACCUCUUUGUUUAGAGAUUCUCCAGAUGAUGGUCGAGGAGCAUCUCCUUGCCGCAGUGUGAAUCAGUUGGGUCGAAGAGGUUCCUAUAAAACGUCUAGAGAUACAUCGGAGCCAGGUCGAAUUAGAGGCCGGCAGAAAUAUCCCACAUAUCAAGGGAACUUUAGGGGACGGAAAUCAAACUCUCUCAUGAAUCUGUGUGGUUCCAGCACAGACCAGGACAGUAUGGUGUACCGAUACACAGACACUGAUUCUGGUCUUGGUCGAGCCACUCCACCUAGACGAGCCCCAUCGCCAGGUAUGAGUAGUAUGCGACAUCUUCCAUCUCCUUCAGGUCCUGGUUCAUUACCUCCUGGCCUUAUGACAAAGCGUAGGGUUUUUGAUGAUGGCUCCAGUGACAUCAGUUCAACACCUAGUUCCAUGAUGGAGUACACAGGUCCAAGAUUAUAUAAACAACCAACAACCAAAUCAAAUCGAGGCAUAAUGCUAAAUGCAGUUGAAUACUGCGUAUUUCCAGGUGUAGUGAAUAAAGAGGCAAAGCGAAGAGUUCUAGAAGAGAUAGCACGAUCAGAGAGCAAACACUUCCUAAUACUUUUCCGAGAUGCAGGCUGCCAAUUUAGAGCAUUAUACUCAUAUUGCCCUGAACAAGAAGAGGUUUGCAAACUAUAUGGCACUGGUCCAAAACAAGUCAAUGAUCGAAUGUUUGAUAAAUUCUUUAAAUAUAAUUCUGGAGGUAAAUGCUUCUCACAGGUCCAUACAAAACAUCUGACAGUCACCAUUGAUGCCUUCACGAUCCAUAACAGCCUAUGGCAAGGAAAGAAGGUGGCAUUACCUAACAAAAAAGAUAUGGCACUCGUUAUUUAGUCAUCAGUUUUGUUGAGUGAAAUCAAAGUUUAUCAGUCAUACAAGUUCUUGAUGCAGUGUUUUAAUUUACCGCAAUGUAAGCAGGAUGGAUGGGCAGUCACAGAUGUAGUUUUUAAGUGUGAAUGGUACAUAAGCAGAUUUACAACUUUUGAUCAGCAUGUGGAAUACAGAUUAAGGUUGUCAAGAACUAUAGUCAUUUUCUGAGUGAAUUAUCUGUGUUCUUAAACCAAGAUUCAUUUUACAAAUUUAUGGUGCUUUGUUGACUAGCAGUGGGUUGCUGGGCUUUUUGCAUCAUUUGUUCAUUCCCUUUGUAUAUGUGGCUUUGGCCUGAGUUGUAAUGUUUUUUAAUAAUCAGUGUUACAUCGUCAGCAACAUUUCUGUGCUUCACAGAACAAUUAUGAAGGAUGUGAAUGUUCUUGCUCUUGUAUACUGUUUGCAAAGAGAUCGUGAAAAGGCGAUGAAGAUAAUACAUUUUCAUAUCAAAAUCUAAAACACAAGAAUAUAAAUAAAUUCAGUAUACUCAAGUUAAAACAAUCUGCAGUUCUAGAUAAUCUUGCAGGAGGGUGAUUCAACACAGUUGGCUGAAACAAAAUUAUUUCUUGAUUUGAGCAUAAAGUAAUUUAAAAGGACAGUGCUGCUUAAAUAGGAAUGCAGUUAAAAAAAGUCUUAUAACUCAUUGAACUGUGUCUAAAUGAAACUGUUUAAAAAAAUAGUAAUACUAAUUUCCAGUUGACUAAAGUAUAAAUAUAAAUGUUUUACUAAUAGCAUUUAACAUGACUGAUAAAAUUAAACAUACUCACACUUACCAGAUCCUGGUCAUUGUAUUAUGUUUGUUGAUGGUUGGUUGUUGUCCUGGUGGUUAAUCAGGUUGGAUAUAAGCAGAUUCUUGGCUGUCUCAGUGAGCUCUGAUGUAAUGUUUUAACUAUUAGUAAUGUAAUUUGGCAGUGGGUAUUUUGUGUUUAUAAAAACAAAGCAUGGUGUACUGAUGUAUAAAGAAUACAGAAUAAGGUAUGACUGACUAAAUGGAAACACCUGGAGAUGUAAUAAUGAAGAUCAAAAUAUGAACAGAGAGGCAAAAUACAUACUGUAGUGAAGGUUGUUGGGAAAACAUACGUUCAGACACAGAUAUGUAGUAGUUGCACACUUCACUGAUGUUCUUACUUGUUUUAGAAAAAUGACAUAAGUAAUAUUCUGUUGAGAUUCCUACAGGCAAACUUCUCUCUCCCCGUUAUAUUGUAGCAUUUAUCAGAUAUCCUGUGUACAGAAUAUGUUGAUAGAACCCACAAGUUCUGUCAUGUUACAUGGGACAUUAUCCAUGUCUGAAGUAUGUCUGAUAUUAGUAACAUUUUGAGAGGUUAGCUUCAUGGUUGGUUUUCAUUAUACUGAGACAACCAUCCUGAUAACAGUGUCAGUGCUCAGGAUCAAACAGAUUUUUUUAAUUAUCUUGCAAGUUCUGCUAAAUUGUUUAGUGGCUACUAUACAGUAUGAGUAUUCAAAUGUUUCCCAAGUUUGAUCUUCAUUGUUGCCACUGAUAAGAAGUACUUUAAACAGGUUGUGUUUAAUGACCAGCAAUUAAGCACCUGAAAAUAAAAGGAGAGCCAACUCCUGAAAAGUCAUGUAAUAUUAAAUAUACCUCAGACAUUUGGCAGUGUUCGUAAUUUUGGUGCAGUGAAUCAGCUGUCAUCAUGCAUCUUUAACAGAUUAUUUUUAUCUUCACAUUUACUGUGUUUUACUAGAUGCAUCUGCCCUGACUUUAAAUUACAACAGAAAAUUUAGGGAAGGCUGUAGAGAGUAGUAACAUUCUUUGAUAUGUCUACAAAAGGUUUCUUUUAGAACUUAAUUUGCAUAAUAUGUCUUUUUAUUAAAUUCAGAUAGUUACAAGGAUAAAAUUCUCACUUAUUUUCUGAGUUUUGCAGUGUAUUGCUAACUGUAUCAGUAAUCCCUACUUACAAACAUACACAAAGUAAACUUUUCCAGACUCUACUCAGAAACGGUACCAACUUAAACAAAGGCAUCAUGUAAGAUUUUGUGUUCUCAGCAGAUGUGAAGAUAUUGAUUGUGGUCUUCUGGGUUUGAUGCCUUGUGGACUUGUAGGUGGGUACAAACCAGGGUUCAGGCAUCGGUAACCACCUACAAGGCAGCACAAUGUCACAGUCCAGAACAGAAUUGUUACCUCAUGUAACAUACGAGUUUUUCAUGCAAACUAUACACAUUGUAGGUUCUUCUGUGUUGUAACAUCAUGUUGUUUGGAAGAAGUUUCCAGGAUUUUGAAGGGACUUCUGUUAUGUCUGCCUUGAAGAUAAAGCAGUUGAUUCCUCUAAAGCAUUGGGUGUUUCUCCCAGUACUGUGUGGUGUUACAGCCCAGAAGUCUCUACAGUGUGUGAAAGGUUAAUGCCAAAAAUUUGUCCUUAUAUAGUAAAAUAUCUUCAUCUGUUAUCCAGAAACAGGGUUGCAAGUCAAUUGUAAUUUCAGUUCAGUGUUUAAAUGGUCUUCAAUAUUUAUUCUUUGUUAUGGGUGGUAAUUAAAAAUUUUAUUCUGUCAUUCCGCUUAGAUGUUCCAUCUGUAUGAAUUUAUUUUUUUUCUUAUACCAGAUAUAUGUGGGUUUUUGUAGUGUGUUAUACCCAAAUUAAUACAUCCUUUCACACUUCAUAAAAAUUUAAUUUCAACAGAUUGUUUUAUCUCUCACUUUCUGAAAAACUAAAUUUCAUUUCCAUAAUACAGGGUAGGAGCUUCAAGCACUUGUUUUAUCUUGUAUGUCAUAGUUAAUGGGUUAGCUUACUGAUUAGUAUUCAAUAUUUUAUUGUUUAUAUGGUAUUUUUGUCAUGUUCAAAUGACUUCAUGACAUAGAUAACAUGUUUUGAAAUCUUAUCUUCAAGGACCGACUAUUUUCUUUGGACUGUCAUGGCCUUAAUCAUGUUAUGGAUGAUUUAAAAUUGUAAUAUUAAUGAUACAGUGAAAUCUGCCAUAUAAUAUUUCUCUGUAAAUAAUGGAAACAAACAAGAAAAGUGAAGAGAGCACAAAAUUGAGUUUUACUUGGAUCUUAGAAAUUAAUGCCUGUCAUUUGAUUCUGUUUACUGUUGUUCCACCCAAUCUCAUUAGCUUUCACUGUUAAUUUCUCAGUGAUUAUCUUAAUGUACAAUGAAACUGUGGAAGCUACACAUACAUUUCAUACUAUCUGUCAUGGUCUGUAUUACCACCAGGCAUGUUCGUUGCUAGUUAUACAUUGAAGUGAUGAGAACUCGUGUAGGAUAAUGAAAUUCAGUAUCAGUUCUUUCUUUUGCAUCAAAACAAUUGUUUUAUUUUUGUCUUAACAAAUGAAGCUAAAUAACAUUCUGAAGCACAUGAGAAUUAUAUAGAAUGAUGAGUGAGAUAAAAUUUAUUAAUAUGAUUAAUACAAUUUGAUGAACCUAAUUGAACAUUUUUUUCUGAUUCAAAGUAUAGCAUAUGAUGCAUUUCUUUAGGAAGUAAUUUAUUCUGUAUGUUUCAAUGUAGUGCAUAUCCAUUCAUAAAAAAUUAUAAAAUUAUUUUUCCCAGUUGCUUUCCAUUAUUUUGCACCAACAGCAUGGGACAGGAUUAGUCAACAUUAUUUUACAUAUUAAAUGUCCUGCUGUGCACAACCAGUUAGUCUAGUCCAUUGAUCUGAGAUUGUAUACACACACGUGACAAACAGGAAGCCAUUUUAUGCAACUGGCUAGACAUAUUCCUGUUUAAACAACAGAUAAAAUUUUAAGUUUAUGUUGAACUGCUUUUGUUCAGAGUGUUGCAGUGAAGGACAUUUCAAUUUGUUUCAGCUACUGCAAGCAGUAUAAAAUUGUAUAAUUAACCUCAAUCUUUAGCCCUAUUAUUUUUAUUCUUUAAGGUGUCCUUAUUUAAAAUUCAUGUGUACUUAAUAUGAAUUGAACAGUGUACAUGUUUAACUGCAAGCAAAAUUUCCUUGGCACAAUAGAGGAAUGAUGAGGAACACUGUUGAUGGAAAAUAAAAUGAACACUUCCUUUGUGACUUUGGUGCACUUGGUUGAAAUAUUUUUAUUAGGUUUGAGGCAUUUCUCAUAGACAAUAUACUUCAGAUGCCUCUCUUCCUCCCCACCACCAAAUUUAGUGUUGUUAAGUACCAUUCAACAGGACAUUUUCAUACAGUUCAUAUAUUUUGAACCUUCUUAUGUCAACAAAUGAAUGCACAGUGGCACAAAUGUGGUGGCACUUUUUAACCAUGUAGCAUUAUCAGUGUAUUGAAAUAUUGCCCAGAAAAUGUAGUGUAUGCAGAUAUCUUGAUCUUACCAUUGAAGAAAUAGGGACCAUUUGUUUUAUCUGUCCAUCUUCCAGCCCAUGUCAUAACUGUACAAAUAUAAACGUGUGUGCAUGGUUGUAGCCCAUUCUCUACAUUGAGAGAGAUUUGUUGCUGCAGUUUACAUAUAUCAUAGUAGUUAAGAGCGGAUCUCUUCAAAUCUGAUAUGUCACACACCUUUAGGUAAGCAGCAGUUACAAAGAAUGUUUAAAAUUAGUUACAAUUAUUUUGUACACAUUUUCAAAAUUAACAAAAUUACUUAUUUUUCUUUGCCCCCUCCCCCCCACGACAGCUGUGAUAACUUUGUCUGUUAUUUUACUAUACUGGGUAUUUUGUUAAUCUGUAACUGUCAUUCUGUGUUUAAUUAUGAGAUGAAGAAUACCAUAAUUAUGUCAUGGAUACCUACUGUUAUGUAAAAUGUGCUCAUAAUAAUGAUUAAUGCAGCUGAGUUUCUUUUAUUUAUGCUUAUAACUAAGACUUCAGUUUUGGUUGUGAUUCAGGAGCAUUCACUACGUAUAUAUACAGUAAAAACAUCCAACCAUUCCAUGAUUACCACCACACAGUCAUUUAGUCAUUAUGAAUUGUAUUUCAGUACUUGACUUGGAAUAUUAGUUUAUUGUAUAUUGAAUAAUUGAUUAGGAGAUAACAAAAAUGUUAUUACACCAUUAACUGAGGAACUGAAUCAUGAGCCAUGUUAAUACAAGGAAAAUAAUUGGCAUAAUCAGUGAGACAGGAAAGAAAGGUUUUAUUUUCAAUGACUCUGCCUUAAAACAGUAUUUUGUAAUGAUGUGAAGUAUAUGCACAUUGUCACAAAACCAUUUCUGCAUAAUAGUUCCAUAUUAACAAUAAAACUUCUUUUUCCUGCCUUAGUAUCAAGUAUUUUACAGUACACAGUGAUCCUUAGUCAUCCAACAGAUUCUGACUUUUAAACGGUUGAAUAUGUGGAAUUGAUAAGUGAUGGUGAUAUGAUAGGGUUUAAAAAUGUGUGCUUACUAAUAUGUAAAUUUCUUGUGUUUCUUUUUCUUUCUUUUUUUUUACAAAACUUGCGCUAAUUUCCAAUGUACAUAUUAUGUUUUUAUAUACAGAUAUUUAUUAAGUAGACUUGGAUCAUCUACUGCUAGUGUCUGCAUUUAUCAAUAAAUCCUUUAAUUAUGUAAUCAGCAAAGUACAUUUUACUGCAGAUUUGUCUUUGAAAUUAAAUUAACAUCUCUCCCAGAA